CGGCAAGCUCCCACCAUGAACAAACGUAGGUCGGCUCCAAUCGCGACAACCAGCAGCGACUCCAUUCCAGACACAACAAAGUCCCCUCAACAUGAAGUACUUGUGCGUAUUUGUGGUACUUGCCAUAUGCCUGGCCAGCAGCUGGGCAGCCAUAUCCGAGCCCGCCGGUGCUCUUCCUGAGGAUCCUGCGCAGGAUACGGCCGCCGUUGGCGAGAAGAAGACGGAGAAGCGCGGUAUCUAUGGCUUUGGCCACGGAUACGGCGGUUACGGCGGUUACGGCGGACACGGCUAUGGCCAUGGCUAUGGCGACUAUGGACACGGCCACUAUGGCUACGGCAGUCCCUACUACGGCAGCUUUGGAUACGUGCAUACCGCGCCAUAUUAUGGCGGCCAUCUCGGCGGCUACUAUCCCUACCAUGGUCACGGCCACUACGGCUACUAUUAGGAGGAAAUGAAGGCUGGCUCCUGAGAAAGCACGCACAAAUCCAUGCUUACAUUUUUUUUUUUAUCGCUUCACGUUCAUCUCCUGCACAUCAUGCAAAUAUCUAUAUAGAUGUAUUGAAUUUUCAGUCUAAAGAAAAUGAAAUAAAAACUUAAAAAUUUAAAA